AUGGGGAGCGAGGGUGAGAGGCUGUGUGCGCGCCUCGGCCCGAGCAGUGGAAAGAGUUCUGUGUUGGAAAGUCUUGUGGGAAGAGAUCUACUCCCACGAGGUACUGGAGUUGUCACCCGGAGACCCCUAAUUCUGCAGCUGGUACAUGUUUCCCCAGAGGAUGGUCGGAAAACAGCUGGAGAUGAAAAUGAGAUAGAUGCUGAAGAAUGGGGCAAAUUUCUUCAUACCAAAAAUAAGAUCUAUACAGAUUUUGAUGAAAUUCGUCAGGAAAUAGAAAAUGAAACAGAGAGGAUUUCAGGAAAUAAUAAGGGGAUCAGUCCUGAACCUAUUCAUCUGAAGAUUUUUUCAACUAAUGUUGUAAAUCUGACUCUGGUGGAUUUACCUGGAAUGACUAAGGUGCCAGUUGGUGAUCAGCCAAAGGACAUUGAACUUCAAAUUAGAGAGUUAAUCCUUCAGUUCAUCAGCAACCCAAACUCCAUUAUUCUGGCAGUCACGGCUGCUAACACAGACAUGGCCACUUCAGAGGCACUGAAAAUUGCUCGGGAGGUAGAUCCAGAUGGUCGGAGGACCCUUGCUGUUAUCACAAAGCUGGAUCUCAUGGAUGCUGGCACUGAUGCUAUGGAUGUACUCCUGGGAAGAGUGAUUCCAGUCAAGCUUGGCAUCAUUGGGGUGGUGAACAGGAGUCAGUUGGACAUAAACAAUAAGAAAAGUGUAGCUGAUUCCAUUCGUGAUGAGUAUGGUUUUCUCCAAAAGAAAUAUCCUUCCCUGGCCAAUCGAAAUGGAACCAAGUAUCUUGCUAGGACACUGAACAGACUACUGAUGCAUCAUAUCAGGGAUUGCUUGCCAGAACUGAAAACCAGAAUCAAUGUUUUAGCUGCUCAGUACCAGUCUCUGCUGAACAGCUAUGGGGAACCUGUUGAAGACAAAAGUGCUACUUUAUUGCAGCUUAUUACCAAAUUUGCCACAGAGUAUUGUAACACUAUUGAAGGAACAGCAAAAUACAUAGAGACUUCAGAGCUAUGUGGUGGAGCCAGAAUCUGUUAUAUCUUUCAUGAGACCUUUGGAAGAACCUUAGAAUCUGUUGACCCACUGGGUGGCCUUAACACAAUUGACAUUCUGACUGCCAUUAGAAAUGCUACUGGUCCCCGUCCUGCCUUGUUUGUUCCUGAAGUUUCAUUUGAGUUGCUGGUGAAAAGGCAAAUCAAACGUUUAGAAGAACCAAGCUUGCGCUGCGUGGAGCUGGUUCACGAAGAGAUGCAGAGGAUUAUCCAGCACUGUAGUAAUUACAGUACACAGGAAUUACUGAGGUUUCCCAAACUGCACGAUGCCAUAGUUGAAGUAGUAACCUGUCUGCUGCGUAGGAGACUUCCUGUCACAAAUGAAAUGGUUCAUAACUUAGUGGCCAUUGAGUUAGCUUAUAUCAAUACCAAACAUCCAGACUUUGCUGAUGCCUGUGGUUUAAUGAACAACAACAUAGAGGAACAAAGGCGUAACAGGUUAGCUCGGGAAUUGCCUUCUGCUGUGCCACGGGACAAGGCUGCUCCUGUAGCAGCAGAUGCGACUCAGGAGUCUGGAACAGGCAACUGGAGAGGAAUGCUCAAGCCCUCCAAAGCAGAAGAGAUAGCGGCAGAGGAAAAAUCCAAGCCAGCUGCAGCCCUCCCUGCCAGUCCUCAGAAAGGACCUGCUGUAAACCUACUAGAUGUGCCUGUACCUGUUGCACGCAAACUUUCUGCCCGUGAGCAACGAGAUUGUGAAGUGAUUGAGCGACUUAUAAAAUCUUACUUCCUUAUUGUCAGGAAGAACAUUCAGGACAGUGUGCCAAAGGCAGUGAUGCAUUUUCUGGUGAACCAUGUGAAGGACACUCUUCAGAGUGAGCUGGUCGGGCAGCUGUAUAAAUCCUUGUUGUUGGAUGACCUUCUGACGGAGUCUGAGGACAUGGCACAGCGCAGAAAAGAGGCAGCUGACAUGCUGAAGGCCCUGCAGCGAGCCAGCCAGAUUAUUGCAGAGAUCCGUGAGACACAUCUUUGGUGAAGACUGUAUCAGCCACACUAUUUAUAUGCAUUGGAGGUUACAUUGGCUUGAAAAUUGCUAGGCAUGAUAUACGGAGUAGAAUUUUUAUUUAUGAACUCUUCUUACCUGUGUACUGCAACUGUGUAAAUCUGCUCAUGUAAAGACAGUUGGUUUGAUUUGCAAACAGAAAAAUAUGCUGUACUUUGCAAAAGAAGUUGUAUUUAAUCCACAUAAUAAAUGGCUCUAAAUGUUUCCUUACCAGCUUUCUGGUGCAAAUUAAAGCAGACCAAGUCUUCUGUCUCAGUGACAGUGUCAUCUGAACUUGGGGAAAAACGUUCAAGUUCCAGUGCCUGACUUGCUGAACAGGUUGCCCGUGGUUAAGAUGGGCCCGUGUAGUCUUGUGGCAUAGUUUUAAGCUGCUUUUACAAUAGAAGUUUAACUCCUGUGAGGAGAAGAGAGCACCGAGUAUUUUCUUUCCUGAAUAUAUUGCAUGCACUGUGACAGAUGGAGGUAUCCAUUUUAUAGCACAGUAGAGAUGUCGACCGUAUUACUAUGUAUGUGUGUUCCCUUUUUUCUUCCCCAAGUGUUAAAGCUGCAGACAAAACUUGAUUUAAUGGAGUAUCACAUAGGAAGACUUAGCCUGGAGCUUGCGAACAAGAACAGCCUGCUGAAAAGUGGGUGUGAAGUUACUCAUGUGCACUGGAGCUUGUGUGUAAGUGUUGGGGUUAUCACCAGGUACAAGGAUACCUUCCCCUUCCUCCACCCUGGGACCAAGCCCCUGGACCAUCUGAUAAGUACAUUUGUUCUGGCAGAACUGAAAAA